AUGUUGCCUGCGGGAAGCAGAAGGUCCAAAAUACGUCCUCCGAGGCGGCCGCUAGCUGUAGGCCUGGGGAGUGACAUGAGCGAUUCAGCCGUGGAUUUUGACAAAUCUUGGGCUGUUUUAUCGCAUGCAAUUAGCCAAAUCCAAAGCAAGAACGUCUCGAAUCUUUCCUAUGAACAAUUAUAUCGCAAAGCAUAUGCCUUAGUGCUCCGUAAAUUCGGAUCGAGGCUCUACGACAACGUUGCACAAAUAGUGCUGCGUCAUCUCCUUGAAAAGAGAGAGGAGUUGUUGAGCCUUGAUCCAGGAAAUGUCUUGAUCGAUCGCGAGGACUUCUUGAAAAGAGCAUUGAACGUGUGGGAAGAUCACUUGAAAGCCAUGAAGUUUAUCAGCGAUGUCUUGAUGUACCUUAAUCGAGUUUACGUCAAGGAAAAUAAGAAAAUGUUAAUCUAUGAUUUGGGUAUCCAGCUAUUUAAAGAUAUGGUGAUCCUUUACAACGACAACGAAUUGGGCCUGAGACUUAUAGGCAUCAUAUUCGAUGAACUUACCCGAUGUCGAGAUGGUGAGUUGAUUACAACUAAACUGCACGUAAUCAGUCUAAUAGGAAUGUUCGAACAGCUUCCUGAGACUCCCUCACAUGUAACUGUUGCGGGCAAAGAUGUUCAGUUUAACGAAACCUAUUACAUGAAGUACUAUGAACCUUCCUUUUUGUCAGUGUCAGAAACUUACUUCAACAAAUUUUCGCUUGAAUUAGUUGGAAGAAAGGAUGGCUCAGUAUAUCUCCACGAGGCAAGUACUUUUAUACUCGCCGAAGAAGACCGUCUCGCUACGUUCGUUCCCGAAACCACUGCUCCAAAAGUCAUCGAUCUCAUGAACAAUAUCAUUAUCAAAGACAAAAUCGAGGCCAUUAUGGAUUUACCACUGGAGUCUCACGGAUUAGCUUACUUGCUUGAACCUGUGGUGGGAAACGUACUUGAGAGGAAGAUGACUUUCUCGGACCAGUCUCUUGGUCAACAAGUACUUGACCUAAAUGCUGUGUACAAGCUCAUCCUUCGCAUAGAUCCAGAAGUGACCAUACUCAAAAGAAGACUUCGUGACAUUAUUUUCAAACAGGGCACUAGCAUCUUAACUCACUUGCGGAAUAAAAUGGCGUCUGAUUCUGCCAACAAUAAAAAGUCGGUCAGUACAUCUCAUCCUACUUUCACUGUGAACUGGGUGGAGUCGAUUUUAGAAUUUCAAAACCAAUAUGCAUCCAUCGUCGCAGCUUCAUUUAGCGGUGACCCUAGUGUUGAACAAUGUGUUGCACUAGCUGUAAGAGAUCUUGUCAACAACCCCAGCCCCUUCAGUGACCCUAGCUUCAAGAUUAAUGCACCAGAACUCUUGUCUAUUUAUAUGGACCAUAACAUUAAGCAGCUAAGCAAAUCCUCGGGGCAAGCAAAGUUGUCUGAGCUGAAUGGUGAUUCUGCUGAUCAAACUGAGCAGUUUGUUACAAAAUUCAGAUACUUCUUAAGAGCGAUAAAAGAUAAGGAUGCUUUUGAAGUUCACUAUGCAAACCAUUUUGCAAGACGUUUCUUAAAUGCAAAGGAACUGUCACAAGGACGCAAUGCACUGAGUACAAACAAGUUGGGUGUUGACUUGGAAGAUUAUGUCUUAUCAAAGCUCGGAGAAGAAACAGGGUCAAGUUCGCUUGAAAAAGUGAUAAAGAUGAAUAAAGAUAUUCGCUUGUCCAGAGAGUUGACUCAGGAUUGGAAGAAUUAUUCAUCAAACAAUCGACCUGGAACAAGUAUAGAUCUUGAGUUGAAGAUUUGUAACGUCUCAGAGUGGCCCAAGUCAAUGACAAAAGAUUACAAGAGGUUUAGUACUGCUGGCGAUGCUGACUCUUUAGGUUUUGUUUGGCCCACCCAAAUGCGUACUAUCAUGGGAUCCUUUGAGCAUUUUUGGCACUCAGGAAAGAAAAACGACAACAAGUCUCUCUAUUGGAGUCCCAAAUUUGGCUCGGUCGAUAUGAGAAUAACUUACCCAUCAAAGACGUACGAAAUCAAUAUGUCUGUUUAUGCUGCAGUGAUCAUGCUUGCAUUUGCGCCUGGUCUGGAUGGAAGCAACCCCUUUGAUGAUGAUAGGCAGUUGACAUAUUCAGAUAUCAAAGAGCUUACAGGAAUUCCUGAUAAUGAUUUGAAGCGUCAAUUGCAAUCUAUUGCUGUGGCCCCACGACUGAGGCUCUUGGUUAAGAUACCUAUGUCGAAGGAUGUGAAGAAUGACGAUACUUUUCGGCUUAAUAGUAACUUCAAGUCGCCAUCUGUGAAAGUGAAAGUUUUGACUGUUUCUGCAGCUUCGUCGGUUGCACCAGCAAAGUCCAAGAGUGCGUCAGAAGGGAAAGAGAAGUCAGCUAAGGAUGAGGAGAUGGAAGAUAUCCAAAGUUCGAUUGUCGAAGGUCGAAAAUUCGAGUUGAACGCUGCUAUUGUCCGCAUUCUUAAGUCUCGUCAACAAAUUCAUCAUAAUGACUUAAUUGCUGAAAUAGUGAAACAAUUGCUGAAUCGGUUCCAACCGCUGACGAUAAUGAUGAAACAACGAAUUGAAGAUUUGAUCGACAAGGAGUAUUUACGAAGAGACUCGGAGGAACGCAACCUUUAUCAUUACGUUGCCUAG